GCCGAGAGGAUCCCCCCGCUCCCGAGCAGCCCCUGCGCAGCCCUCGCUCAGCCGCCGCCACCAGGAUGGCCGAGGUGACCACUGUCCCCGUGGAGACACACACUGUCCCGAGCGAGUACGGGGACUACCACAACUUGUCUGAGCUGAUCUACCUCCUGAACCACACCUACACCUACUGCGAGUUCAGCCUGGAUGAGAACAUCAAGCGAGUGAUUCUCUUCAUCCUCUACCUGGUCUUCUUCGUGGUAGGCUUGGUGGAGAACCUCCUGGUCAUCUGGGUCAACUGGCAGACAAGGGGCAACAAGAGCUUGGUCAACCUGUACAUCAUCAACAUGGCCAUCGCUGACCUCGGGGUGCUGCUCUCUCUGCCCAUCUGGAUGCUGGAGGUGAUGCUGGAUUACACCUGGCUCUGGGGCAGCUUCCUCUGCCGCUUCACCCACUACUUCUACUUCGUCAACAUGUACGCCAGCAUCUUCUUCCUCACCUGCCUGAGCGUGGAUCGUUACGUGACCCUGACCAGCUCCUCCCUGUUCUGGCACCGGCACCAGCACCGCACGCGCCGCGUGGUCUGCGCCUGCAGCUGGGUCCUGGCCGCCGCCAUCCCUGUCCUGGAGGUGGCUCACAUGCAGCUGGUCAACACCGGGGAGCCCAUCUGCAUCUUCAUGGCCCCCUUUGAGACCUACGACGAGUGGGCGCUGGCGGUGAGCUUGGCCACCACCACCAUCGGCUUCCUCGUCCCCUUCCCCAUCAUCGCGGUGUUCAACGUGCUGACGGCUCGCUUCAUCCGGCGCACCAAGCCCGAGAGCCGCAAGCACUGCCUGCUCAUCUACGCCUACAUCGGGGUGUUCCUGCUCAGCUGGCUGCCCUUCCACGUGGUGCUCACGCUGCUCACCCUCGAGGGCAACCACAUCGUCCUGCACUGCAGCUUCGCCCACUUCCUCUACUUCUUCUACGACGUCAUAGACUGCUUCACGCUGCUCCACUGCGUCGUCAACCCCAUCCUCUACAACUUCCUCAGCAAGAACUUCCGCAGCAAACUCAUCUCUGCCGUGGUCAAGUACAUCCCGAAGGACCACGGUGGCCAGAAGGGCGCUGGCAACUCGUCCUCCAGCACGCAGCACUCCAUAGUCAUCACAAAGGACAACAGCCCUCCCAACUAAGGGGGUCGGACUCUCCCAGCCUCUGUCGUGGUGGCUCCCUGGGGAUUGAUUUUCCUGUUGCUGAGGACACAAUUUGCUUGGGCACAGCCCUUCUAGGCUGGGCAGGCAGGAUGAGGUGCCAGGUUUGAGGAGAGCUGGGAGCUAUGGACAUCUUGCCUCUGGAGUGUUGCUGUGUCCAACCCAAAGAAAAGAUAAAACAAAAUUAUAUUCCCCAUUUGACAAGUGAAACCUUUGCAAUAACAGAGCCUGUAACCCCACUCAGUGUCUGACACAACUCAGCCCCGAGAUCAGAUCCCCAUCCGGCCCCAAGCUGUGAUCUGCCCCAUCACAGGUGUUCCUGCAUCCUCCAACUUCCCUGACCCCCAGCCCUGGGCAUGGCACUGCCUGGUGAGUGCCAUCCUGAGCGGGAGAGAAGGAAUCCUCCCUUUGGAACACAAACCUCCCCUCACCACGCCCAGCAACAUCCAGAGCCUGAUUUUUGAAAGAUGAAGGUGAAGCAGCCAAAGUGGCUGAGCAGGGCACAGACCUGAGGGGAGGAACAAUUUAGAUUUGAGAUCAGCCACUCCUUCAGAGCAAUUUUGCAAACCCAGUGGUAAAGUAGUGAUGGCUAAACUGGGUUUGACUGGGAAGGGCUGCUCCAGACUGACUUUGGAUCUCCCAUCCUGUUAACUCCAGCCUCUUCUGGAGCAUCUCCUGGCCACUGGGUGGAUUUCAUGGCCACUGGAUGCAUUUCUCAACUCUAUCAGGCUCCAACAGCCUUUCCCCUUCCACCAAAGUCCCUGUGAGAGCACGGGCAUGUGCAGAAAACCUUGGAGCUGGAGCAAGGGCUGGGCUUGUGCUGUGCAAGGAACUGGAGCAUCCGGAGAAAGUUCAUCCUUGUCUGGACCCUGAUCUCAGUCACGUGCUGUGGGUCGAGCCCUCGCUGGGGGAAGGUGACAGAGCCCAUAAAUCCAACAAAGGCCUUGAGCUGCUCGAGGAUCGUGCUGUGAAAAAAGCAAAGCAUAAGCAGUUCUGCGGACAGGAUGCUGGUGCAGGGGGAGGGAGCAGGAUGUCCCAGGAGAAGCCCAUGACCAGGGGUUAGGAUGGACAAGGGGUUAUCACAGGGCUGGCUGGGAAAGCUCUGCCAGUUCCAGGGGUCCUUGAUGGGGUAAAACCCUAAAUACCUCAGGGUUCCUUCUACAGGGGCGCUCCCCUGUAUCCUGGGACACGAGCACUGAGGGAACAAUCCAAAUCCACGUCUUACACAGAAAUUCUGGAAGGCUCCAGCCCCCUUCUCAGGAUUUGCUCAGGAUUCCCUGCUCAGGGCAGCAGCUCAGGCCAUUCCCCUUCCUCUGUUUCUCACCCUGUGAGUGCAGAACCCCGGGGGCUGUGAGACCCCCGGGCUGAGAUCUGCACCCACAGGACCCCACCACUUACAUUCCCUGAUUCCAAAUCCUGAACUUCUCUUUGCUAAUUCCCUCUCAUUUCCAAUGAAGAAAUGGAUGAUAAAUACACAACCAGCCACGUACCAGGGCAAAAAUACAUUCAAGAUAACAUUUACUUAAACAUGCAAAAUUUGAUUAUUUCACCUAAUAAACUUAAUUUUUAACUGACUUAA